AUGUUCUGUGGGAGAGCCAGGAGUCCUGGUGUGCAGGGGGCAGUCGGCGAGCACCCAGGACCCCCCGGCCCCCGUGGCCCUGCUGGUGCACGGGGUGACCCUGGGGACCGAGGCCUGCCAGGAGAGAAGGGGGACCGUGGCCCACCGGGGCGGGAUGGCCGCAAUGGGCUGGAAGGCAAACCUGGGCCCCCAGGCCCCGCUGGGCUGCGGGGGGACCCAGGGAAGCAGGGGGACCCCGGCCGGGACGGCAAACCCGGCGACGACGGCAAACCCGGCCUCAGCGGCAAGAAUGGCCACAGCGGUGCCAAGGGUGAGCAGGGGGACAGAGGUGUGCCAGGCCCCCUCGGCCCCCCUGGACUCCCUGGUGUCCCGGGGCAGGUCGGCCCCCCAGGCCAGGGCUUGCCAGGCCUCCGUGGGGUGGCCGGACCAAAGAACAUUGAACGUAGCCUGGAAGCACUUGGCAUCAAGGUUUCAUCCCUGAAGGAGCUCACGGGUGCCUACGAUGGGAGCUCAGACUCAUUUCUGCCAGUGUCCGAGCGGCUGCGGGGCCAGAAAGGCAGCCAGGGGGAGCCAGGAGAGAGGGGACCUCCAGGCCGAGAG